AUAAGUGGGAGGCUUGCAAGCAACUUAUAAUGCUCGUCCUUUUAAGAAGAGUGGCCGAGUUCUGCGGCCAGGCGUCGGUGCGCGCACAGCUGAGCGGCCGCGGGACACCGGAGCAGCGCAGACAGCCCGCUCGGGGGACGCGUACCCGAAUCAGACCUUUCAUUUGCUGCACAAAGUCUGGGGCAGAUUAUGGAUCACGGUGGAAACUAUGAGGAGAGCGACUGAGAUCUCCCACAGAGCCGUGCGCGUAAUGAACGACAGCCUGAAGUAAAUCGCCAGCGGUCGUAUAAACACAGAAAAAGGAAAUGGUAAUGGCGAGUGAGGAUCUGCUUGUGACACUACAGAUACUGCCCGGAUUCUUCUCAAACUGUCUCUUUCUCGCUCUCUACGACUCCGUGGUGCUCGUGAGGCGCGUCGUGUCGCGGCUCAGCUGCUCCAGCUCCGCCGCGUCCGGACAGUGGCGCCGCAUGUUGACCUCGGCGGGGCUCCGCUCCAUCUGGAACAGCUUCCUCCUGGACGCGCACAAGCAGGUGAAGCUUGGCUGUGAGGCCCCCAACUCCAAGGUGGUCCCUGUUGGCCCAUGGUGCAGUAGCAGUAUCACUAAUGUGACUAAUGUACCGACCGGUGCCAGGAUCCAAAACGGGCACGAGUGCCACCUUCUGGAUUUCGAGUCCUCAGAUCGCCCCCUGGUGGUGAACUUCGGCUCAGCCACCUGACCCCCGUUCAUCAGCCAUCUGCCAACCUUUCGGGAGUUGGUGGUGGAGUUCAGUGAUGUGGCUGAUUUUGUGCUGGUGUACAUCGAUGAGGCCCAUCCGUCCGAUGGCUGGGCCGCUCCGAUGGGCCCGUGCACUGUGAGCGUACGGAAACACCAGAACCUGGAGGAGCGCUUGGGAGCGGCGCGCCAACUCAUCGAACACUUCUCGCUGCCGCCUCAGUGUCAGCUGGUCGCUGACUGCAUGGACAACAAUGCUAACGUGGCUUACGGUGUUUCCAAUGAACGGGUGUGCAUAGUGCAGAAGAGGAAGGUCACGUACCUUGGCGGGAAAGGCCCCUUUUUUUACAACCUGAAGGAUGUUCGUCAGUGGCUGGAACAGAGCUACGGCAAACGGUAGAGGAGCGUGAGGACGGGAGUCGCUUUGGUUUUAAUGGCACGAGAGGAAAAUCGGAAAAUAAUGAUCUCAUCUGCCAAAAAAGUCAGGAAAAGUAAUUAAUGUUGUGGCACAUACUAUUUUUUAUUGUCUAAUCAGGCCAACGUUUUGCACAGAACACAAACCUACACUGAUGCUUUUCUUGGCAGCAAACUGAUUGGAAACGAGUGGACGACGCCUUAACGCCUGCACGUGCUGCUAUGACCAUUUCCUUUAUUUAAAUUAAAAACCAAAUAACCCAAAUACGGAAGAAAUGACAGUUUCUUAUUUUUAUAAAUAUGUUUUAUAGAGAAUUGGGUUUUGAAAUAUUUGAUUAGCUUCAUUGUGGUCAUUUGUUUCUAUGCACUAUGUAAAAAACUUGAUUUCUAAUAUCCAUCUUUGAAUUAAUUCUGAACCAGCUGGCCACUUUUCAGUCGUCACAGACAUAUAUAACUUCCCAGUCUUUAUGGAGCCUGAACUAGGUUUAAUGUGGCUUUUAACACUGACCAAUAAAGAUAUUUUAUUAUAAAAGUAACAAUUUUUUUAUUAACAUUCAUGUCAUAAAUCCAGUAAUAAUAAAUACCUGUGGGAGCAGUUAAAACUUUUCAUUUCAUGUAAAAAGAUUUGAUCAGGUUAAACCAAGACUUUUGUGUCAGGUAUGGGUCACAGUUUAGUACAAUACAAGUACGUACAGAUUGACCUCUACGAUCUGUAAUGUCCCUGAACCCCUCAUCAGAGCUGAAGUUGAAUCACAGUUGCACUGCACUUUAAAAACAAAACUCUUAUCUUAAAGUCACAUGACCAAUGUAGAGAAGAAAACCCAAUAAUUUAUGGUGUAUUGUGCUGUUUUAUAAACAGAUGUUUCACAGAAGUCGGGAUGUUGAUGGCAGUGACAUCAUGACAGUGGUUGUACUGCUGCAGUGAAGAAGGGAUCCACUAACUAAUAGAAAUGGAAGCGAGGAGGUAAAUGGAGCCUAAUUAUUCCUCCUCCCUCCAACACAAAUUACUGACUUGCCAAAUGUAGGAACCAAGUGAGACAAACUCAAGUCAUUUCCACCGCAGUAAAAUUAAUUUAUUGGUUGAUAGAUUAAUAUUAAGUUUGACAAAAAAGGUCAGUGUGAAAAAGCCCCAUUAAAUGAUGCUGGCUCAUGCUGCCACCCUGAACAUGUGCAUUAUUUGGGUGUUUUGUAAGAAAGUGCCUUUGCUUUUAUUUCAGCCUUGAGCUUUUAUUGUGUGGUACUGUAGGAAGAUGGCCAGGGAGGAAUGACUGGUGUCUUUUAAAAUGUAUUUUUCUAUUACAUUUCAUAAUGUUGCCUAAACUAUUUCACCAGCAUCGCUGUUGCGCAGCAAUUUGUAUUAGAGAGCACGUGAUUGACCUUCACUGAGGAUGGAUAGUAUUAAAUGAACUUUAUUUGAGGUAACAUACAUUCUAAAUGGACCUGAGUUCAUUUUUGAUGUAUGCACAGGCACUACAGGGUGUUAGGUUUACAUUUUCUAGAAAGCAUUUAAAGCGAUACUUCACCGCUAAAAAGCAAGAUGUGUUAUGAAUAUUUUACAUUUUAUUAGCCGAAAUGUGCAACAACAUUUAACAUCGAUGGUCUAAGUCCAGAGAAAAAAGGGAAAAUAGAAGUAAUAUUUGUUGUGGUAAAAAAUGGUCAUAUCCUACAACACCCAGAAUGCAUUGCACACUGGCAAAUCACCUGAGCUGCAGUGAUUGGACCUACCUUUCGUUUAGCUCCGCCCCCUCUCAGCUUGGCCAUUGCUGGGGCGGGUUCACAGAAAAACAGGAAGCACUAGUUGUAGUCUGCGAGCACAUGGCAAGAAGUCCUCUGAGAAGUUUCAGAGGACUUUUGCAGAGGAAUAAAUGAUCAUUUCUCUGCAUAGAAAAAAUGCAGGAAUCUAAUUGUCUCUUCAUUCUUAAAUAUUACCUGCCAUCGUUUGGGUCAACCUCCAUUGAAAAUUGGUGAAGUUUUUCUUUAAUGAUGCAUUUAUGUGUUUUACAACAACAACUGAUCACCGCUGUCAGCUUUUCUAAAACCGGUCUGGAGACGGAACAACCACAAAGCUUACAGUAGCUCAGCUCUGCGAGCCAGGGCAGAAGGUUCAGCAAACGAAGAAGAAAACAAGUAACCUUAAUGAUUGACCCAGGUUAAAACGCACCUGGUCACACGAUCCUGGAAUACUUGAUGAGACACAGAGAUGUAUGGGUGAGCUACUAGUCAUGGUUUAGGAUACAGACCCCUGCUCAAAAACUCACUUAAAUAUUGAUAGGCCUGGUCUAGCAGCAGAUUUGUGCUUGCUGGAGUCAGCACUUGGAGAUGGAAUUAUUGAACCCAACAUGAACAACUGCAGCUGUGUUGGAAAAUAAGCACUAUAGUUCACAGUGGUCAGAGAGAUGUUUUAAAAAAUGAUGAUGGUUCACGUUAAAGUGUUUAAUAGAAAAUGAAACUAACAUUUUUGGCUGAGCUCAGAUUCAGAGGUUGUUUGAUUCUGGUGAGAUCAGAUCAUUAAAUGUGGUUAAAAUUUGAGUUUCUAUGUUUUCUAAAAACAUUCUUAUCUGUUGAUACUGGUUUGAAACUUGAUCUAUCAUUAUGCUAAAGCUUCAUAGGACACAGGUGGUUUGUUCUGGUCUCAGGGGCAAAGGUGCAUGAAUGAAAACCUUAGAUGAAAGAGUCUCUGACUCAGUCUCUGGUUGGAGAGUAAACUGCACCUUGUCACUGUGAGACAGAACACAACACCAGCUUCCAUUUUCAUUCUGUUAAACUUUCCUUGAAGAGAAAAAUAAAUGAAUGUUUGCUGCUGGAA